AUGGCUGCGCAGUCUGCGGCGAUGUCGCUGCGCGAGUCAUUCGGUGACAGGAAAAUCCCCGAGAUCUCGAGGAAAAUAACAGCCUGCGUAUCCUGUCGCAAACUGAAGAUUAAAUGUCAUAUGAAGAAUGAGAAGCCGCCAUGCACUCGCUGCAAAGCCCGUGGCAAUGCAUGCACCGUCAACAAGAGUCUACAGUCACUUCUGGAAGGCGAUGCUUCUUGGAAGGAACAGAUGGAAGAGCGGAUGGCUAAACUUGAAGCGCAUAUCAUCAAGGCUGCUACCGAACAUCCCAACCCCUCAAAACAUCUACGGCCACAGAAAUUCAACAAUGACAUCGGGCAAAACGUACCACGUAAUGAUAAUGACGAGCAUCUCCCUAACGAUUUGAUAGAAGCACCUCAAAUCGUCACUCUGAAUCUCUCCUGCAGCCUAGGCGCAUUCCCGGCCUCUUCUAUGAUCAACUUCACGUUAGCGGAUCCCCGAGGGACAUCGAAACAAGGCUCAGAUUUUAUAUGUCAUCAGUUAAUACCCAUAAAUGUUGCCGAAACCCUCUUCACAUUUUAUAAAACGAAUAUGGACACAUUCGCUUACGAUAUCCUCACCCGCACCGACUCCCUGGCUUCGAUGCGCGAACGGUCUUCCCUCUUGACAGCCGCUAUCUGCACCGUGGCAGCAUUGUGCUCCGGCUCGGAACAUUUCCGGGUCCUAUUCGAUCAUCUGAAAAGCGAGGUAUCUGGGAAAGUAUUUUCGAAUAAUCAUGAAUUCGACGAUGUGCGAGCUCUCUGCGUUGGGGCACUGUGGCUCAACGAGGUAUCCACGGCGUUGAAUUCACUGGCUGUACGAAUUGCGACAGAAUUAAACCUUCACCGGUGCAUCACCAAGAUGCCACACAAGAAACGCGCGUGCUAUGAUCGCACCCGGCUAUAUUUCCUGGUAUAUCUGUGUGAUCACCACUGCUCCCUUAGUCAUGGCAAACCCCCUUUGACACGAGACUUCCACUCUCUUAAAAGCCCUCGUGACUUCCUCAGGACAGAGUUCUCCUUUCCUUCCGAUCUGAAAUUGAUCAGCCAGGUCGAGUUAUGGUCAAUCAGCAAUCGGGUCUUCGACAUGUUUGGCGCAGAUAUCGAUAACUGCGUUGCGACGCAGAGACUGGGCGAGAUACCAGCUCUCAACGAGGCAUACGAGCAAUGGUAUGGAGAUUGGCUCGAUAUCUUGACCUUUGUCGAGGUCGCGGAUCCUUUCCCCAGACGCGUCUUUGAUCUCUAUUACCAUUCUGCGAAGUUAUACCUUUUCUCUCAUAUUUUCCGUGGUCACUCGCGAGAUGGAACAGGCUUCACGAACGAUACAACCAGUGAUUUGGACGAAUUUGCGAGCUCAGCAUUGAAGAAUGCCCUGUCCAUUGUAUGCGAUAUCACCAAGGAAGCCAGCCUUCAAACACUGCCCGACUAUAUUGGGACGGUGACUGCGUUUGCUUCCGUAUGCCUUGUGAAGGCAUCGACUGAGUGCAAGAUGAUUACCUGUGACGCAGAUGGGGAUGACGCUUUUGGACAUUUACGUCGACUCGUCCAGGUUUCUCGCUCUUCCGCUAUUGGGAAUGGCUCAACUCAUCCUCUUCGAGGAAUCGCAGAAAGUCUCGAGGGUAUUUUGUCUGGAGGGUCACAGUCACACCAUGACGACGGUGGUCCUUUUAACGGAACCUUUGGGUUUGACUUUGCCUUUGAAGGAUUUGAUAUGCUUUCUGGCAAUUUCGAUCAAACGGCAGCAUCUGCAUUAUUUGAAACCGAAUGA